AUGUAUUUCAGAAUCUUCGAGCUUGAACGCGGUCCCAGUGUCCGUCAGCGCUUCGCUGCGUAUUAUCUCAAUGCUGCUGGUGGUCCACGGCGACUAGGGCGCGUCCAUGUAUCAGUCCGCCAGCACCCCGAGGCAGCACUGAUGCAUAGUGUGCAAUUAGUUGUUGGUAAUCGAGGUACAUUCGCCAGACGCGCGGCUUGUCGUAAGAUGUUCUCAUCGGACGUUGGGAUUGCAUCCUUCCCUGAACUCCCGUUAAUCCAUUUGGCGAAUCGUUUCGAUGUCCGCUCGGCUAGCUCCGGUGUCUCUCAACUGAAUACGGCCGCGGUAAUAGCACCUCUGAGUGCAGAAGAUGUUUACACGAGCCGCAAGGCGGAUGGGCUCUCCCUGACCCCGUGGACUGUGGAGGCAACCGCAGCAAUGGAUGGCACUAUACGCACUUCUCCGGGCACCUGCCCAGUACUCGGCGAGCUCCCGCUCGUUCAGUGUGAGCGGCUGUGUUACAUGAUCUGGGCUGUUGAGUGCUACAUUCGAGAGUUUCUCAACUGGCCUUCGACAACCAUCAUCAUGAGGAGCAUUUUGAAAGCACUCAGCGUCGAGAAGGACUGCAAGGUCGCUGUUCUCCUAAUAGUCUCCGAGGAGCAGCUUCAUUGGGCUAUCGUGGUGAUGACCGAGGACGUCGAGAAAGGGAAGGAUCUCCCGUGCUUCCAGGUCUACGACCGUAUCUAUGAUGACGCUGGAGGCAAGUGGUGGUAUCUGUUCAGCCAGAACGUUUUGCUGGGAGAAACACACAGAUGUCUUGGUGGGGCUUACGUCGGGACAGUGAAGGAAUGCCAGGUGGGGUCGUUGAAGGAGAUGGGUUAUUUCCAGCAACCCCGGUGGCGAGUGUCAUGA